AUGGAUACGCUGCUACAUUACUAUCACCAGAACUUAGUUCGCGAACUCACCUUCUUGGGCUACGGUGGCGAAUUGCCCACACUGACUGAAUUGCAUUCGGAUGUGAUAACCCAUCAUAUGUAUGGCUUUAUCAUAUCCUUUUCGAUUCUGCCGGUUUGUUUGCUGGAGAAAACAGAUGACGCCUCGAUGGAUCUCAUGAUGGAUCAAGGGGAUGCUGGAAUCCAGUUCAAACUGAAACUGUACAACAAUCCGGCGUUCGUGAAACGAAUGGAGCAGAUCAUGGAUUACUUCUACAAUAUGGGGGCCUUCGACAUACUGCAGCUCGGUACGCAGACACCGCUGGACGUUGAAUGUGAGGGAUCUGUGCAGCUGCCCCUAUGGCUAAGCAAAGACUUCAUCACUGAUAUCGUUGCCAGCAAAUUUGGAGGGACCAUUGGCAAAAAUCGCAUCAUACGAAGCAUCUAUGCCAAGGCAGCAACUGAGAAGAGCAACAAUAGGUCACCGGCCCUGUAUGCUGUGAAAGUAAACCUGCUUCGGCAGGAUAUUGGAACCGAGGAGAUCCUUUCACUCAUUGUUAAGGCACCGCCAAAGGGACAUCUUGCUGCAUACGAACGAAAUCGCGAUUGUUACGUACGGGAACAGCAGGUUUAUGAAAUGCUGUUACCUGCCUUUGAGCAAUUGUAUCGCGAUGAAGGAGAACCCGUUGCUCUCGGUGCGCGAUACUACAAACCCGCUGUUGUGCUGCCCGUGGCCAUCGUUGUCCAAGAAGAUCUCUCAACGAGCGGCUACAGAAAGGUGUUCAAUCGUCAGGAUGGACUAGAUAAGAAGCAUACUGAGUUAGCGCUUGCUCAGUUGGCAAAAUUCCAUGCGGCCUCCGCCGUAUACCGUGCCAAUGGUGGGCAACUGCCGAAAGAGCUAACGGAAGGAUGCUGCGUGAUGGAGCUGGCACAAGCGACCGAUGAACGGUUCUCGCCUGCUGUUACGGCCUUGUUGAACGAAAUGCAAGACUGGGACUUUGCAGCAGAUUACAUUGAAGAGCUGAAGAUGGCAAUCGGGCGUGUCUGUAAUUUUCUUCUAGAUACCUCGACUAUUGACGCCAAAACGUUUACUGUGCUCAAUCACGGAAAAGCAUCCCUGAAUGAUAUGUUGUUCAUGUAUGAAGGUUCCGAGGUAAAACAUGUUGCUUUUGUUGAUUAUCAGCAUGCCGCUUGGGGAUCACCGGCAUUCGAUCUAGUUCAACUGCUCUUCUCGUCCGUGCACCUUGACCUGAAACUGUCUCAGCAGGCGUACUUUUUGCGAUUCUAUCACGAGCGACUGGUGCGUAAUCUACGGCUGCUUAGAUAUCCCAAACCGCUACCCACACUACAGCGUCUCCAUAUUGAUUUUAACGAACGACUAUUUGCCGCUGUUAAAACUGUUUUGAUCGAUUUACCAAGUUUGUUGGCUGAGCCAGUGCUUGAGGUGACCAGUGCCACGACAGCAGUUGAAGCAAAGGAGCAGGCUGAUCCACAAGAUGGAAAACCGGAACCUAUCUGUAAUAAUCGUUAUAAAGAACAUAUGACCCAACUUUUGCCAUAUUUGCGCAAUCGCGGUCUGCUGAACCAUGAAUGA